AUGGGCAGAACGAAAUCGAUACCUAUCGAUGCCAGGAAUUUGAAUAGUAUAAAUGAUGCUCGAAGUACCUCUUCCACAAGCUUCAUCGGUACUAAUGCUCAGGAAGAUCGCGCGAUCAGAUGCAUAAGAGAGGCUCCACUUGUCACCUUCAGCGACAGCGGAGACAUAAACGACAUCUACGAAUUUCAUAGAAGAGCUCAACCUAGCGACCUUAUCAACUUCAGGACGAAAUGGACUCCACAAGCCUUACUUCGAGAGGAAGAAAGCUGGAUUGCCCAUCAGUAUGCAGAUGGGGUUCCUGGAAACAAACAAAUGAUAAGAGGUAUCGCUCAAGAGGAUAGAGUUCGCGCACAACAAGAAGGUAUCAUCCGAAGAUACGUGGAACCAAGUAACGAAUUCAUUCCGCGCUCUAAACGCAUUACGAAUAAAAUACGACGUCGCCCAAAACAACUAGAGCUUCCACCAGUCGUCGAUGGGAUCAAUUGGCUUGCGGAUCGGCUGAAAGAGAGGACAAUCAACGACCAAAUAUCCCUUCUCAAACACUGGCAGAAUGACUCUUACCAAUGUACUGAGUCAAGAGGCGGAGCUAAAAAAGUUUCGACAAAGCAUACAAUUGAUGUACCUGUGAAAGAUCUCAAGGACGAUGGACCAUACUGUUCGGGGGGAGGUGACUAUCAUUUACCAUCUUCUCCAAAACAGGGCGCGCCUGCAAAAUCACCUCGAGCUUGUAUCAACUGUUAUGAGCGGCACCAUGGGUGUGACAAAAGUAUGCCUAGCUGCUCUUCCUGCAGCGCAAUUAAUGCAUAUUGCGUCUAUCCCAAGGUUACUGCUAGAGUAUCUCCAAAGAAGCGAAAGAAGUGGUAG